AUGUCCUGCCCUUGCGGCCCCGCCCCCUCACAGGAGAGGAAGUGAGGGGGCCGCUGCCAAGAUGGCGCUCAGAACCCGGAAGUGAGCAGCGGCCGCCCAGAGGCUCCGAGAAACUGAGGCGCCGCGGACUCCGCGUCUGCGUCUGAGGACAUGACACUGUGCCUACCACCACUGCUGAGAGAGAAGCCCAGAUAGCCACUGCCUGAGGUCACGCAGCCCUCAGUGACCUGCCCCCCACAUGCUAGCAGUGGCAUCCACCAUGGAUGGGGACUUCCUUCCACAUGAGCUCCCACCAGCUGGUGGUGGUGGUAUCCAGCUGCAGAACCCACUCCUGCACUGUCCCUGGUGGAGCAACUUCUCACCGGCCUCGUAUCCUACCUUCUCCAGUGAAAGCCAGCAGUUUGUGGGUUCCACCCCAUUCCUCGGCGGCCAGUCGUGCCCGGACACCGGCUACCCUGCCACAGCCACCGUUCCCAGCUUCCUGACAAAGAGUGGCAACUAUCCCCAGGACCCCUCAUACCUGGAGGACCUGUCCAAUGCUUCCAUCUUUUCCUCGUCCGUGGAUUCCCUCUCUGACAUUGUAGAUACACCCGACUUCCUCCCGGCUGACAGCCUCAACCAGGUUCCUACCAUCUGGGACGUCAGCACGUCCUCGACUGCCCAUGAUAAGCUGUUUCUGCCCAGUGCACCUUUUCCUGGCCUUGAGGACUCUGUGACCUCGCUCCCCAGGACUCCACUUCUCAUCAGCUACCAGUCGCAGAGCCAGGCUGAGGAGGAGGAGGGAGAAGAGGAAGAGGAGGCUGAGGAGCUGGGCCACACAGAGACCUAUGCUGACUAUGUGCCGUCCAAGUCCAAGAUUGGCAAGCAACACCCUGACCGCGUGGUGGAGACCAGCACUCUGUCCAGUGUCCCACCCCCAGAUAUCACCUACACACUGGCCCUGCCCACCUCAGACAACGGGGCCUUGUCAGCCCUGCAGCUGGAAGCCAUCACUUAUGCCUGCCAGCAACACGAGGUCCUACUGCCCAGUGGGCAGCGCGCGGGCUUCCUCAUCGGUGAUGGCGCUGGUGUGGGCAAGGGCCGCACUGUGGCUGGGAUCAUUGUGGAGAACUACCUGAGAGGCAGGAAGAAGGCCCUGUGGUUCAGCGCUUCCAAUGACCUCAAAUAUGAUGCAGAGCGUGACCUGCGAGACAUUGAGGCCCCCGGCAUCGCAGUGCAUGCACUGAGCAAGAUCAAGUAUGGUGACAACACUACCUCGGAAGGCAUCCUCUUCGCCACCUACUCUGCCCUGAUCGGGGAGAGCCAGGCAGGGGGCCAGCACCGUACUCGCCUGCGCCAGAUCCUGCAGUGGUGUGGAGAGGCCUUCGAUGGAGUGAUCGUUUUUGAUGAGUGCCACAAAGCCAAGAACGCAGGUUCCACCAAGAUGGGCAAGGCCGUGCUGGACCUGCAGAGUCAGCUGCCCCUGGCCAGAGUGGUGUACGCCAGUGCCACAGGUGCCUCUGAGCCCCGAAACAUGAUCUACAUGAGCCGCCUGGGCAUCUGGGGUGAGGGUACACCCUUCCGGACCUUUGAUGAGUUCCUGCAUGCCAUUGAGAAGCGGGGUGUGGGUGCCAUGGAGAUUGUGGCCAUGGACAUGAAGGUCAGCGGCAUGUACAUUGCAAGACAGCUUAGCUUCUCUGGGGUCACUUUCCGUGUGGAGGAGAUCCCACUGCCCCCCGCCUUCCAGCAGGUGUAUGACCGGGCUGCCCUGCUGUGGGCCGAGGCCUUGAGUGUGUUCCAGCAGGCGGCUGACUGGAUAGGCCUGGACUCACGCAAGUCAUUGUGGGGUCAGUUUUGGUCAGCGCACCAACGCUUUUUCAAGUACCUGUGCAUCGCCGCCAAGGUGCACCGGUUGGUGGAGCUGGCCCGUGAAGAGCUGGCCAAGGACAAGUGUGUGGUCAUCGGACUCCAGUCCACAGGCGAGGCUCGGACACGAGAAGUGCUGGAUGAAAACGAGGGAAGGCUGGACUGCUUCGUCUCUGCUGCAGAAGGUGUCUUCCUGUCCCUGAUCCAGAAACACUUCCCAUCCACCAGGAGGAGGCGUGACCGCGCACCCAAUAAGAGGAAAAGGCGUCCACGGGGUCGCAGCGCCAAGGUUCCCAGGCUGGCGCUGGAGGCAGCGGGUGUGAUUCGAAUCAGUGAUGGCAGCAGCACAGAGUCAGAUGCUGGUCUGGAAAGUGACUUCAACUCAUCCCCAGAGUCCCUAGCCGAUGACGAUGUUGUCAUUGUUGAUGCCACCAUGCUCCCUACAGACAACCGAGGCCCCCUGUGCCACCCGCAGAGGGAGCUACAGGGCCCUGGUGUCCUGGAACGUGUGGAGCAGUUGAAGCAGGGUCUGCUGGCCAAGGUGCGUGCCCUGGGUCGGGAGCUGCCUGUCAACACCUUGGACCAGCUCAUCCAUCAGCUGGGGGGCCCGGAGCAGGUGGCUGAGAUGACCGGCAGGAAAGGCCGAGUUGUGUCCCGGCCAGAUGGAACAGUGGUAUUCGAGUCCAGGGCGGAGCAGGGCCUGUCCAUUGACCACGUGAACCUCAGGGAGAAACAGCGCUUCAUGAGUGGAGAGAAGCUUGUGGCCAUCAUCUCAGAGGCCUCCAGCUCGGGAGUGUCCCUCCAAGCUGACCGUCGAGUGCAGAACCAGAGGCGCCGUGUACACAUGACCCUGGAGCUGCCCUGGAGCGCUGACCGAGCCAUCCAGCAGUUCGGCCGCACCCACCGCUCCAACCAGGUCUCAGCUCCAGAGUACAUCUUCCUCAUCUCAGAACUAGCUGGGGAGCGCAGGUUCGCAUCCAUCGUGGCCAAGAGACUGGAGAGCCUGGGUGCCCUGACUCACGGAGACCGCAGAGCCACUGAGUCCCGAGACCUGAGCAAGUACAACUUCGAGAACAAGUAUGGUGCCCGUGCCCUCAGCCGCGUCCUGUCCACAAUCCUGGGCCACACAGAUAACAGGGUGCCGCUGCCCCAGGGCUACCCAGGAGGGGACGCUGCCUUUUUCCGGGACAUGAAGCAGGGCCUGCUGUCUGUGGGUAUUGGGGGCCGUGAGUCCCGAACUGGCUGCCUGGAUGUGGAGAAGGACUGCUCCAUCACCAAGUUCCUGAACCGCAUCUUGGGUCUGGAGGUGCGCAAGCAGAAUGCACUGUUUCAGUAUUUCUCAGACACCUUCGACCACCUCAUCCAGAUUGACAAGAAGGAAGGCAGAUACGACAUGGGCAUCCUGGACCUGGCCCCUGGCAUCAAUGAAAUCCAGGAAGAGAGCCAACAGGUUUUCCUGGCCCCUGGGCACCCACAGGAUGGGCAGGUUGUCCUCCACAAGAUCAGCGUGGACCGGGGUCUGAAGUGGGAAGAUGCUUUGGCCAGGUCUCUGGAGCUGACAGGCCCCUAUGAUGGCUUCUAUGUGUCCUACAAGGUCCGAGGCAACAGGACAAGCUGCCUCCUUGCUGAGCAGAACCGGGGAGAACACUUCACCGUAUACAAACCCAACAUUGGACGCCAGAGCCAGCUGGAGACCCUCGACAGUCUGUGCAGACGUUUCCACAGGGUGACUGCAGAGGAGGCCCGGGGUCCCUGGGAGAGCACCUAUGUACUGUCACUGGAGCGGUGCAUCCAUGUGACUUGGUCUAAGUCCCACAGGAACCAGCGCUGCCGCCUAGCACAGGAUGGCAGAGGCUGUGGGCAGGGCCUGCGGCUGCGCCACCACUACGUGCUUUGCGGGGCGCUCCUCCGUGUGUGGGGGCGAGUGGCUGCUGUCAUGGCGGACGUCAGCAGCAGUAGCUACCUGCAGAUCGUGCGCCUCAAGACCAAGGACAAGAAGCAAGUGGGCAUCAGGAUCCCUGAGGGCUGCGUGCCCCGAGUCCUGCAGGAGCUACAGUUGAUAGACGCGGAGGCCAAGCGGCGCAGUUCCCAUAGCCGGGCUGUCCGCCCGCCCACACCACACACGAUCACACUGCCCUGUGGUCCGGGUGAGGUACUGGACCUGACCUGCAGCCCCCCGGCCUUUCCACCACCACCACGCUUCACCUUCCCGCUGCCCCCAGAGCCCGCUGCCCCUGCAGAGCUGGCACAGCAGGCCUGCCCCAUCAACUUCAGGGAGGUUCUAGAAGACAUGCUGCGCACACUCCGUGCAGGCCCAGCUGACAGCCCCACGGAGCGGCAGAGCGUAAUCCACUUCAGCCCACCCUUCCCGAACUCUUAGGCAGCUGCCGCCACCCUGGACUCAGCCCAGGCAGUGCCUUCCCGUGGGCUGCAAACUCAGGAAACCCGGUGCUUAGGCCCUGCCACCUCUGGGGACCCCCCCCCCAUUAAUAUAUGCAAUCCCUGCUCCCUAAAUUAUUGCCCACCGGCCUUCCCCAGCCCUGGAAUCCAAGGGCGGGAGGGCCCUGGUUUCUAUGUAUUUAUAACAAACCCUACUGUAAAUAUGUAAAGAUAUUUUUUAAAUAUAUGAGCCAUUUGCCUACA